AUGAACAAGGUUGGCAAGCUCUAAAUUUGGCCAUCAAAUAUUUUCCUUUCAGAUUUGCUUUUUAUUCUUCUUAUCCAUUAUGUUGGUCAAAGCUAUUGAAAAUUCAGAAUUGACCACUGAGGAUGAAGGUUCGCAGGGCCAAUCUCGUGUUUUCUUAUAAAAUCUGGUUAUAGUGGAGACGGAGCGCAAAUGCUGGAUUUUUUGCGCCCAACUCAACGAGCGCUGCAAUUUUUUUUACGGGCCGCUUUGCGAUGGGUACUUACGUUGCAAGCCAAUUGUGAUUAUCUUUAAAAUGUGGUAGUUAUCUUGGUUUUUCAGAGAGACAAUAUUGGAAUCUAUGGAGAGAAGGGCAUAGUUUACUACCGUUGUAUCCCGUAA